AUGCAAACUAAUAUCGUUAAAGUAUUACGAACAGGAAGACUGAAAUAUGGUCCUAGUGUAAAACUUCAAAAAAUACUUUCUGAUUUACAUUUUAAGCAACUAAAUAAUGAAACUUGUAAUACGUUAUUGCUUGUUGAGCAUGAUCCCGUGUAUACUGUAGGAAUUCGGAAUAAAAACUAUACAGAAGAAGAUGAAAAAAAGUUAAAAAAUCUUGGUGCAGAAUUUUUUAAAACAGACAGAGGUGGUCUUAUAACGUUUCAUGGACCAGGACAAUUAGUAGCAUAUCCUAUUUUAAAUUUAAAACAAUUUAAACCUAGCAUUAAGUGGUAUGUUUGUCAGAUAGAACAAAUGAUUAUACGCCUAUGUGCUGAAUUUAAUAUAUUAGGAAAAACUUCGCCAGACACCGGAGUUUGGGUUAAUGAAAAGAAAAUUUGCGCGAUUGGUAUUCAUGGUAGUCGCUACAUUACUACACAUGGGUUAGCUUUGAAUUGUAAUACAGAUUUAACUUGGUUUGAUCACAUUGUUCCAUGUGGCAUCGAAGGCAAAGGAGUUACUAGCAUUAGUAAAGAACUUAAUAGAAAUAUAACAAUCGAAGAUGUAUUACCUACAUUUCAAAAUGUAUUUCAAGAAAUGUUUCAAUGUUCUUUAGUUCAAUAUCCACCUAAUGAAGCGUCAGAAUUACUUCGAAGUAUAAAAAAUUGUAUAUAAUCUAUAAAAAACACGUCAAAAAUUGUUCUUAUAUUAUGCUUAAUUGAUCAAGUGUAAAUAACAAAUUGUAUUUAGAUUUCUUUUUAUCUUAAAAACACAAUAUAUUUACAAUAUUUAAUAAAUUACAUUUUUUUAUGAAAUUUACAAGAAAUUUUCAUUUAAAAGUAAAUAUCUUAUAGAUCACGAUAUAUUAUAAACAAAUUUAAUCACCCAUUAAAUAUGUAUUACUAUAUUGAAGUCAUGAUGACCUAAUAAAAAUGGAUGUUGAAAUAAUAAAUAUUUCAAGAUCAUACAUUACAAUGUAUGUUAAUCAUAAAAUAUUAAUCAUAAAAUGUUAAUCAUAAAAUUGAUUCAAAUAUUAUAAAAUCAUAAUAUUAACAAAUCUUAUACAAUAGAUCCAGCUCUGCACAAUAAGAAUAUUCUUCAAAAUUUUUUGUAAAUUUCUAAAUAUAACAAAUAUUUUAAUUAAAUUAAUUAGUAACACAAGAUAUGUUCAAUUGGUAAAAUAUUUGACUAGAUCAUUCAAGCCUCAUUAUAUCAUGUAUGUGCAAAAUAUCGAUGCAAGAAAAAACAUUUAUAAUUUUAAGCAAAAAUCAGUAAAUUGUGCAAGAACAAACAUAUUGUAUUAUUCUGUUAAAACAUGAAGAUACCUUUGAUGAUAUAACUCUCCUGUCAAUGCACCUAUUACAACUACAGCAUUAUGCAGUGAAUUAGCAGAAUCUCUAAUUAAUCUGAUCGAUCUUUCUAUGUCACCUUUAAGUUCUACAUAUUGCUUGUUAAGUAAAAGACUUUCUAGAUUCUGCAUAGCUUUUAUGGCCUCUACACUAGGUCGAAUUUCUGCAGUAUCUGGGUCAGGUGACCUCGACGGUGCAACGCCAGGGGAAUGAGAAGUAAAUCUUACUAUUUGAUGUUCACAUUUCGAUUCUGGAAGCUGUGCUAAACAAUAUACACCAAUUGCGCGACUUAAAAACUUACACCUGUAUAACAUAAAAUGUAAAUUAAUAUAUUAAUGUGAACUAAAUAUUUUUUUAUAAAAA